GCGCUCGCACACGGAUCCCGUGCGGUGACGUUGCCCUUCUCCCUUUCUCUCGCUCUUCCUUCCCCCUACUAGCCUAGAGGCCGGCGGCUGGCUACUCCCCGCGAGAAAGGCGAAGCCUCAACCCCACUGCAGGGUUCUGCUCCGGCACUGAUCAGCUCUUGGCACUGAGCGGAGCCGAAGGCAAAGCGACAGCCGCGCCAAAGGGUCUCGGCAAUGACGGCGUCCUGGAGGGAGAGAUUCGACAAGUUCCUGCACGAGAAGAACUGCCUGACCAAUGUGCUGGCUAAAAUUGAGAGCAAGACCGGCGUCAGCAGGUCCUAUGUCGCCAUCGCCAUUAUUGCUGUGCUGGCUAUUUACUUGGUUAUUGGCUAUGGAGCAUCAUUGCUGUGCAACCUGAUCGGAUUUGGUUAUCCUGCAUAUAUCUCCAUCAAAGCCAUCGAAAGCCCUAACAAAGAUGAUGAUACACAGUGGCUGACCUACUGGGUUGUGUAUGGAAUCUUCAGCAUAGCAGAAUUUUUCUCUGACAUCUUUCUGUCUUGGUUCCCAUUCUACUUUUUGAUGAAGUGUGGCUUUCUGGUGUGGUGUAUGGCCCCAAGUCCCUCAAAUGGAGCAGAGUUCCUUUAUCACAAAAUUAUCCGCCCUUUCUUCUUGAGGCAUGAGGCUCAGCUGGACAAUGUAAUGAAGGAGUUUAAAGAAAAGGCUGGAGAGACAACAGACACCAUUACCAAGGAAGUUAAAAAAGCUGCAAUAAAUUUACUGGGUGAUGAGAAGAAGAGCACCUAAAGCAAUUAACUGGAAGAAAUUUCUCCUUAUCACUACCUUUAUACAGUGUGAUGUUUCUGGGGACUGUGAUACAGUAAUUUGAAUAAUGUUGCCUUGUAAACCUUUUUGAGUUUAUUAAAAGAAUGUAUUGUAAGAUUGCUUGCUGUUUUUGCAGUUUUCUGUAUUGAAAGUAAGCAUUUUUAUUUAAUGUCACUGCAGUAGAUGGCAUCUAAAGCUUAUACAGUUUCUAAGCAGAAAGAAGAUUUUCAGUAAUAUCUUAUUUGCCUUUCAUGUAAUUUUCAAAAAUAUGCCCCAGGCGCUGAAUCCAUUUGUGCAUGCAGCAACUGUAUGUACAAAAUUCAUUUCAUAUUCAACUCAUUCUUGCUAUAGCAUAGUUUAAUAUCAGUGUAAUGAUAGUAAUUUGGUGUGCGUAAUUUUGUAUAAAUACAAGGAAUAAUAAUUAAUUAGCCAUGUGUGUUGCUGUGUAGCUUUUUUCACACAGGCCUUCUCCAAUUCUUAUAAUGUUGCAAGAAUAAAGAGAGGUGACAGUGCUGGAAACUGAUUUUCUGCUUGCAGUACAGAUUGGUUGUAACUUAUAUCUGGUUUAUUAUGUGUAUAUUGACUUAGCCAUUCUCUUUAAACACCGAAAAAUGAACCCUUUGCCCAAAGUUAUUGAACAUCAUCAUAUUGGAAAGUCUGAUAGCACUUUUUCUGACUAACAUAUUUUAUUAAAAGGCUAAGCUUUCUUGAGCUGUGGCUCACCUAAUUAGAUGUAGAAAACACAGCUCAUAAAAAGUCUGUGCUUUUUAAAAUCUGCUGUUCAAAAACAGGUGCUACAAGAAUACUGAAUUUUUGCUAAUGCAUAGGCUGGCUCUCCUCCUACAAUAUUACCUGAGUGAUGUAAUCAAACAACUGGCAUUAAAGCAAAGAAAAGAAAUUUUCCUCUUCCCCAUUGGCACUCUAUUCUGGUUCACUGAACUUCAAUCCUGUAAUGGGCUUUUAUAGUGAUGGUGUUUCAUGUGAGCAAUCCCAGAUGAUGCUUGCUCAGUUUCUAAAAUAAAUGUUUAAAAAGGA